CGACCAUACUCUGUAUUUGCCGCGCUGCUGAGAGGAGAGGUUUUCAAGAGUUGUGCCACACCGGGUAGGCCGGAGACCCUGCCUAUCCAUGCUUCAGCGAAGCAUGCCGCUUCAGCCCUCCUUUGGGAUUGUGGGUGUGAUGUCGGUGAUUUCACUUCUCGCUGUGCCAACAGGUCUCGCUUACGAGACAAGACCCAUGGUUGGGCUCGACCUCGUGCAGGACCGCAGUGUGGAGGUGAUGGAGAGCAUGAGGGCAGACAUGAGCAUCAACUUCAUGGAAGCAGCCCUUGCCCAGGCCACCCUGGCGUCGGGCGCCGGGGAUGGCGAUGACAAACGGUCGAGUGGUGAGGCAUCCAGGGGCAAAUCGGCUGUGUUUCCCUCGUACACCUUCACGGACGUCGAUGGCGUCUUGCACACCUGCACGGUCCGCGAGAGAAUGGAGCAAGCAGAAUCGCCAGGAAAGAAGUCCGCCAAUACAGACGUUUCCACCGCGCUCGACCCCCUAGAGGGUAGUUGCGCCACGUUAUCGCACGGUUAUUGGAGCUACAAAUGGUGUCAUAGGAAGGAUGUCACCCAGUUCCACAAGAGCGAAGACGGUGCAAUGACCACCGUAGUCAAUCUCGGAACGCACACAAGGACGGAGUUGGAAAGGGUCAACGUCACCCCGACCAAGACGGACGCUGCUUCUGCCGAUUCUUCUGAUUCUCCUCAUGAGGCCGAAGUGGCUCGAGCUUUGAAUAAUAAGAAGUCGAAGGGUGGAAAUGAUGGUGGCCGGCACGAGUCACAGAACGAUGACCUCUUCCAGGGAAUAAACGACGUUUCGGAGCUGGCCGCGGUAUACGAUUACUAUGAGGGAGGAGAUGUGUGCGAAGAAACUGGAGCGCGCCGAUUCCUGAAAACGACGAUCAGCUGUUGUACGGCGAAUGACGUCUCGGCUGGAGGUGACUCUGCGGACCCCUUGGCGAUUCUAGUUUCGUUACAGGAGGUUUCGAUCUGUUCCUAUCUGAUCCAGGUAUGUUCCCGACUCCUGUGUCCAGCGGCAACCGAUGGGCUGACCCUCGGCCUGGGGCAAGAAGCAGUGGUCUCGAGCGGGGUAGUGGUGGAGGGCAAGGUCGGCGGUGUUUUGGGUCUUCUGCAAGAGUUGAAGGCUUGCUUUCCCCCGAAGAAGGAAACGUGGUGGGCUUACAAGUUGUGCAUCUCCACUACAGGGUUUAGUCAGUACCACGAGGACUUGUUCCGGAAGGCGGAUGGGAGCCUCAUGUCCAAAGUCACGACUGAAUUUUCUCUAGGUAAGUGGGACAAAUCGAAGGUCACCGGCGAGGGCGAAGAGCUCAUCCGUCCACGACAAGAAGAAGGAGAGGGAGGUACCAUCAUUCUAGAGCUUACCGGAGGCACCGAGUGCGACCUCACAGGAGCUCUUCGGUCGACCACGGUGCAUCUCAAGUGCGGCAAUGUGCAAGAAGUCAGAGAGGUCAUGGAGGACCACACUUGCCACUACCGCGUCCUGGCCAUUUCGCCGCUUCUGUGCAGCCACCCCGCACUUACGCCGAAGAAAGCGGUCGUCCGCACAGUCGAUUGCGUCGCCGAGGGCAAUACACAGGGUAAAAAGUCCAAGAAGAACCAGAAGCACGUGCUGUCUAGCGUCCGUUCGCCCAGUGACUGACUGCUGAGCCUUAUGCGUUGUAACCACUGCUUGUGGGUGGGGCUUCGCUGCCAUGUCGUGGGUCGGCGAUGUUGUGUAUCGUGUGCCACACACACACCACGUUAUUGAGAACAUGGCAGGGACAAACUUGCUGAAUGCAGUGAUGUUGCUUCUGUUGGGCGCUGGGUGUCUUGUAGAAAUUAUUGAUGCAGCUCAGUUUUAGCUGUUGUUCGAUAGUCUUUGCUUGCCCAUCACGGUUGAUCGAAGAAGCGAGCCGUGUGGCUUUGUCUUUUGUGUGCGGCUCGGUUGCGGUCUUGUACGGAAGAAGUUAGAAUGAGACAGGACGACGGGUCACACAAGGUGAUGCGAGACUGCUUGAUGUUCGUUGUUUUGCAAGUCCGUGCGUGUGGCUGCCUCACCUCCCUAGUCUCUUCCUCACUUUGUGUACGUACUCGAUGUAUGAUCAGCGAAUUUGGUGUCUUCAUGGGUGCGUGCCCUUUGCAAUACGAUCCAUGGCUUUGUAGAUCCUAGCUGUGGAGCAGGCCAAUCAGUGUAUCGACCACCACAUAUUCGCGUCGAGACCUUGUUUGUGUGAACAAUAUUCGAACCCCGUGUUUUCUGUGUAACUCGUGUGAGGUGGGUGCGGCAGGGACUGACCGUUCUCGAUCAUUGUUCACGUCAUGGACAGGUCAGCCACGUUUUAUAUACGCUUGUGUGCCACCGCCAAGCAAGAGAAGAUUCAUCAGAUGCCGUCGGUGGGAAAGCAAACUACUUCGAAGUAGAUUAUGUUGCCCGAUCGGC